AUGGCGGCGACAAUGCCGCCAGCAAACGAUGAACCGGGCAAAAUCCACCCGCCUGUGGACCCGGCCGACAGCGAUCUCGAUGCGGAGGGAGAGGAAGAAACCGACCUCUAUGAGAUGGACCAACAGCUCCAAGAUGCUGUUCACCGAGCAUACACCGGAGAGGCCGAUGAAGAUGGACCAGACGAAGCUGCGGACGGAAGUGCUGGCGCCAACGGUCUGAAUGGAGAUGGUGGCGACAAUGAUGAGGCAGAGCCUGUUGGUGCUGUCAAGCUUCCCAAUGAGGAUGCACCAUCAGAAGAAGACUAUGCGGAGUCUGAGACAGCCGAUGCGGAUGCCGACCCCGUGUUUGAAGACAACGACCGUGACGCAUCAGAACCCGAGUCCACUGAUCACGAAUCAGAAGCGGAAGACUGGGAGGCAGAGAGCAAUGAUCAUGAAGAUGGAGAGGCUGAUAUACGCAGUCGCGCAAAUUGCGUGUUUUGCAGUCAAGACGAAGAACACGAUCCAAGUGAAGAUUUCGAGGAAUGGUUAACUUGCAUUGUCUGUGGUGAUCACUCCCAUCGCCAGUGUGCUCGUGAGCAAGAAGCGUUUGAUGAUUCUGAAGAUCCGUGGAGAUGUCUCACGUGCGUUCGUGAUAAUUUACAACCGGACCCGUUAGAGAGCGAGGUGCCAGAACGGAAAGCCUCGAUUCUUCCCAAAGAGCUUCUACCUGCACACGCCGGCACACAUGACGAAGGGUUUCACUCGAUCUUCGAAACGGGCGUAAAUGAUGAAAUGCUAAACAGCUCUCGGUCGCUACGCAAACGUAAGGCAUCUUCAGUUGAGGCCGAAGAACACGUACCUGUUCUUCGGAAAAGGUUGCGUCAAACAUCAUUCCGUGGCGAGCGUCCUGGGUUGAACGGCACUUCCCUUGAUGGUGCUAUUGAUGCUGCCGAGGUCGAUCUUCACUCUCCUGCUCAGACGCGUUCUGUUCGUGUUAGACGCACGCGUGCUCUGGAUCGAGAACACUGCCGCGUGGUAGCAAGGCAGUUUGGUAAAUUGAUCGUCGGGUUCCGACUUGACGAAGCCAGAAUGUCUAAAAUCACAGGCGCCCAGGCCCGACCACAGCGCAAGAAGAAGAAGGCCCCAAAGCCACCAGUCGUGCCUCCAGAACCCCAAGCUCACUUUGUUCCGCUCCCCCCUGUAUCCUAUAACACCAUCACUUUGUUCGACCGAGAAACCGAUGACCCCAAGUCCAAACCAUAUGGGGGCAUCCUAAACGAGGUCGAGCAAGACACCUCCAAAACACUCCCCACACAGUUCGAUCGCGAACGAUUCGAACAGGCUCGCCUGAAAGCAGAAGAUGAAUGGCAACAGAAGGUCAGAGAGGCUGAGCUCAAUGGCGAGCACACACCACAUGCCUCGCAAAAGGUGUCUGGUCCUCCGUCAAAGAUCAAAUACAUCAACUUUGGCGGCUAUGAGAUCGAAACGUGGUACGCUGCGCCUUAUCCGGAAGAAUACAGUCGCAAUCGUGUUCUGUACAUUUGCGAGUUCUGUCUGAAGUACAUGAACUCGGACUAUGUCGCCUGGCGCCACAAGCUCAAGUGUCCUGCCAAGCACCCUCCUGGGGACGAGAUUUACCGCGAUGGAUCGAUCUCAAUUUUCGAGGUCGAUGGGCGAAAGAACCCCGUCUACUGUCAAAACCUUUGCCUUCUCGCCAAGCUCUUCCUUGGCUCGAAGACUCUUUACUACGAUGUCGAACCCUUCCUAUUCUAUGUCAUGACCGAGUACGACGAUUUAGGUUGCCAUUUUGUUGGCUACUUCAGUAAAGAAAAGCGUCCAAGCUCAGCAAACAAUGUCUCCUGCAUUCUCACCCUACCUAUCCAUCAGCGAAAAGGCUAUGGAAACCUUCUUAUUGACUUCUCUUACCUACUCACUCGCAUUGAAGGCAAGAACGGAUCUCCUGAGAAACCACUCUCUGACAUGGGUUUGGUCUCUUACCGAAACUACUGGCGACUCAUCUUGUCUUACCAGCUUCGCGAUCUGAAGACGCCUGUUAGCAUUGCAGAUCUAUCUGAUCUGACCGGAAUGACGGCAGAUGAUAUCGUUUCUGCUCUCGAAGGGCUACGGGCUCUUGUGCGGGAUCCUAUCACUAAGACUUACGCAAUCCGACUCGACCACAAGUAUUACGACGAGGUAAUCAGCGGUUGGGAGAGCAAGGGUUACGUUCAACUGAACGAAGAUGCCCUUCUCUGGACACCUUACAUCAUGGGCCGUAGCAACCAGUCACACUUCGAUCGUGCUCCUCUACAUGCCGUGGCCCAAAGAGAUGACCCUGACGAAGAUGAAGAGGUCGAGGAUGAAGAUGUCCCAAUUUUGAAUGGAUCCGGUCCGAACGCACUUGAUGAGCCUGCUGGACCGCCUUCCACCAUGGCUCUCCAACACAGUGGCACUCAUCAUCACGCAGCGGGCCACUCUGAACCCCCGCUUGUUAACCCUGCAGCUGGAAUCCCACCCUCUCGGUUUGAGCUCUGGCCUCCCGUCCUUGCUGUAGCACCCAAACGCAAGCCUGGCCGUCCAUUUGGCAGUACCAAAAAGGAUAACUAUCGCGCAUCCCUGACGCCUUCGAUUGCUCGUAACAGUGGUCGCAACACCCCUCGACGGCCAUCUGCACUAGCAAUGUUCACACCAGGAGGCAGCGUCCGCCGCGGCCGGAGCUCCAUUGUUGCGGAAUCACCCGCUGCCGAUGCAACUCCUACCCACAUCAAUGCUCUGGGAUUGGAACAAGGUCAAGUAGUCGAAGAAGAUGCCGAUGAAGCCGUGAUUGACGAAGAUGCCGACGCCGAUGGUGAAGUCGACGAUACCCCUGUACCAGACGCCGAUGUAACCGUCGAAACAGAACUUGCAAAUGGCGACACUCUCGCCGAUGCAACUCCCAAGACCAACGGCAUCAAAUCAGCCGAUGUCCAGGAGAACAGCGAGCCCCUGAAGACACCCGAAAAGAAGAUGAAACACCCCUCUCGGUCUCCAGAGACAGCCAUUUCCCUCCGAUCCCACCGGGCAAAUGACAACUCCAAAACACCACGAUCAGUCAACCGCAAGGCCCUCGUCGAAAAAGUCCAAGUCAUGGUCCCCGCCGAACCAGGCUCUGCCUCUAAAUCAGAAGGCAAAGGCGAAGGCGCCAAAACCGUCAACACAAACGGCAUCGACGCCGACUCAGAUGCAGACGCGGACGCCGAGUACGAAGUAGACGGUGACGUCGUGAUGCAGACAUAA